GAUAUGUUAGGUUAGGUCAGUUACGCAAUGUUUUGACGUCUUCAUAGCACGCUUGUCAAACAAAUAAUUUUUCCUAAUAAUUCUUUAAAAAGCAAACACCGAAUAGUGGUUUUUCAGUCGUUAAAAAUAGAAAAUUCCACAGAGUUCAAGAUAUAUAUACAAAAAGGUUAAGUGGCCACUUACCCUUUUUCCAAGAAAAAUGACAACUUUCAGCUGUACUCCGGAGUCUGCUAAAGCUGCAUUAACAGACGUUUUGGUAGCAUUAAAUAUGCCGGAAAAUCUACAAAAAAUUUCUGCGGCUAAAGAAAAUUCUGGAAACGAGAUGCUGAAAAUGAUGCAGUUUGUUUUUCCGAUUGUGACGCAAAUUCAGAUGGAAGUUUUGCGUAAAUAUGGCUUUGCUGAAGGAAGAGAAGGAACAGUUCAAUUUGCACAAUUAAUUAGAACUUUGGAAAGAGAAGAUGCAGAAAUUGCUCGACUGCAUAGUCAAGUCCGACAAUAUUUCCUUCCACUUGUUCCAAUCGACACAUCAGCUGAAGUGAUUUAACAUUUGCACAAUUUCAUAUUUUUUCAAAGGAAGUUUCAGAAAAUAACUCUCGCAUCAGUUGUUAAAACCUACAACAGAUAAAAAAAAUUCAAGAACCGAAGACGUUGGUAAAAAAAACUCUUUCCGCUUUAAUACUCAGACUUAGCAAUUACAGUCCCGGUCAUUGGAUCAAGAACGAAGUAAUAAGUCUCUUAAAUGCAGUGUAUAAAUUAUAAUGUAACAUUUCUUGACACUUUAGCCAAAAUUAAUUUACAUUUUUUCCCAAACAUCUCGAGUUCUUUCAUAAUUUUGUUAAUUUACCGAAAAAUACGCCUUGAAUACUCGAAUAAACAGUUAUAAAUUAGUUUUAUAUAAAUAAGCUUCUUUGUAAAUUAUCUUCAUGUAAAUUCUCUUGCGAUAAAAAGUGUCGAAAGCAAACUUCGUAAGUGAAAACUGUCGAACGAGAGAAUAUGUGUUUCUCGUGAGUUUCAUUACCCGUAGUUUCGACUUGAGGACGAUCACGACGACUUUACUGUUUUACACUUCACAGUUUACAUUUUACAAUAAUGCAUUUAGUGCUAGCGUGUAUCGUAAAAACUGCUAAAACAAUAAUUAAUAGUUGUUAGAGGAAUAUGACACAAUGGGUCAUUUUACAAAAGAACUUACCGAUGAAGCUUGCCAUUGACCUUUCGUCGCUUUUCUCAAAAAAAUCUGCAAUCUGUAAUACUAGCGAACGAAGCAGGACGAUGAAAACAACACAUGCUUGAAACAAUGAUAUUUACAAUUCGAAAAAGCAUCGGCGAUUCGACCCCGCAUCAUCCUCAUACUGAAAAUUAUUCCUUGGCGCUCUACUUCAAUUGUAAACUCACUUUCGAUUUAUCAAACUUAAAAACUAACCCUUGCCACUUGCUAAAGUAUCCUUGUAAAGAAAAAAUCUAAAUAAACAGAACUCGAAGUCCCGAA